CUCAGCCUUCCUCAGGUUCCAUUAGAAAGGAAACAAAGAGGACUAGAAGAAAUAAACGAAAUCAAAACAAGAAGAAAGAAGAAUAAAGGAAAGGGGCGAAAGAAGAGGAGAGGGAAGAAAGAGGAGGAGGAGGGAGGAGCUACCCCAUACUACUAAGAACCCAUCAGUUAAUUAGCAUAAUGAAUAACAGGGUGCGUGGGACGCCCCUGGUGUGGGCGGCGUGUGUGGCGGUGCUGGCCAGAUGCUGCCUCCCUGUGGUCAUUGCGACGCCCAUGGAGGACGAGGCGUACACUCCGUGGGUGCCCUUCCCCCCAGAGGACCACGUGGCCCGAAGCUCGCUGCCCGCCCGCCCGCAAGAGAGUGUGGAGGAGGACGCCGCAAACACGCGCAUGAAGAGGGUAUUCUUGAGCAGAGGCUGGGGCCCGGGGGGCUACGAUGCCCCCGCGCCCCAGCCCCCGCAGCGGUAUGUGAGACGACCCCCGCUACCACAAUCUUCUGGCGAGGCAGACAUGGGACGACCCUUCGCGUCGCCGCUGCCCCUCAGAGAGCGGCCCGGGGGAGCAAGAUUUGCGGCGCUUGUGUCCUCGCAGCAACAGAAGGCGCAGCAGAAGCCGCAGUACCGCCGCUUUCACUCCAUCUUCACUUCGGGCACCUGGAGUCCCCUCGGCAAGCGUGGCGUGGCUACUUUAAUGGCUCCCCGUCCGCUGCCACUGACACAGGGUGACAGUGAUGAGGUCCAGAAUGACAUGCAGGUGUUCAGCGACAGAGAGACGCUCUUCAAGAUGAAAGAUAAGCGCAGCGGAGUGUUCGCCUCCCACGGCUGGGGUGCCGGAGGCUCUUCCCCUCCCAGCAGCUGGGCGGGCUCGCGGCACCCUUGGUUGGCCUCCCUCGCCUCCGGCAGCGUCGAUAACAGCGGUGGCGGCGGUAGUGCUGGCAGCGGCGACCGCUACGUAACCAGCUUCAGCGGCGGCGGCGGCGGCGGAGGCCCGCUGUUCCACCACUUCCUAUCACACGGCUGGCGGCCCAUGGGCAGAUGAAAGGCUUAUCUGCCGCCACAACCCUUACCCCCACCCCCCACAAUCACGAGGCUCAUGGCGAAAUUCAACGUCACCCCUUUAACAAUCGAAGCAGCGCGAACCUGUCCCGCACAACACUGCACACAUGGUUCUAGUGCGUGACGGCCACCCCCUCACAGCCGACACAAGCACCGCCACGACAGUUCACCACCACCCCGCAGAAAACACUGACUCAUGAAACGUGACAAUUGUUUCAGGCCACAAAAUAUACGACCAUUAUGAAGUAUUACUACUAGCUUCAUCUAAUAUAUAACAACGUCAUUAUAAUACGAUCUUAUGGGUAAAAAUAAACUAUAAAAAAUA